AAAUUCUUUUCAUGUGCUGCGGAUCACAUGGAACAAGCGGAAGUGACGUCUAAGCACAGCUGAAAGCUGUUACAAGAGGUUCUAAAUCAGACUGGAAAGAAUGAUAUUACCAUGGCGAGUCUAUCAGAUGAUGAUGGUUAAACAUCCUUGGAAAGUCCAAAUUCUAACUGCUGGUACUUUGGUUGGAUGCAGUGAUGUAAUUUCACAGCAACUGAUUGAACGACAAGGAUGGGCAAAUCAUGACACGAAAAGGACGCUCAGAAUGACAACUGUUGGAUUAAUUUAUGUGGGUCCUGUACUCGGAGUGUGGUAUAAGUUGCUAGAUCAACUUGUUGUCGGAAAGAGCAAAACUGUGGCAUUUAAGAAAAUGUUACUUGAUCAGUUUGCAGUUGCUCCUUCUUUUUUGGCCUGUUUCCUUGCACUAACUGGAUUCUUGGGUGGGCAUUCACGAGAGGAAGUAUGGUUAAAGCUAAAGAAGGAUUAUAAAGAUACAUUGAUAUCAAACUAUUAUAUCUGGCCAACAGUACAAAUGUUGAAUUUCUACUUUGUACCACUAGUAUACAGGUUGCCAUUAAUUCAAGUUGUUGCUCUGAUGUGGAAUACCUACCUCUCAUGGAUGGCAAACAAAAUUUAAAAUGUAUUUGAUUAAUUAGUCUCUUUUGUCACAGAAAAGAAAUACUGAUGACUUUUCUGAUCUACUUGACAUGGCCAUUCUAUUUACUGAAAUGCUAACAUUGUGGUGUAAUGCUGUUGCAGUCAUUCUGAGACAAUAUUGUGAGACUUACAUUGCCCUGUCAUUUAGCUUUGUUUACGUUAGAUGUCUCCAAUAUUGUAGGCUGAAAUAGAAAUUCCUCUUCCCCCACCUCAGGUGUCAAGAAUACGUUCCUAAUAGAAAUUAGAUGGUUUAUGUAUUGCAGUGAAAAUGCUGGAAAACAUUUCUAAUACCUCAACGUCUUGAAAUCAUUCAGCAAAAACACCUUACAUAUACGCAUUAAGGAAUACAGAUCAUAAAACACUGUUCAGCAGACAAAGGUUUGUUUACAUUCUUAUACAUUUUGUGGUAUACUAUUUAUCACAUGGUGAUAAACUGUAUGAGACAACUACAGCAUCAGUGUCUCAUUAGGAGGUUGGGCUAGUCCCCAGUUAAGAUAAAUAUCUUGAUUAAUCUUACAUUGUAAGAUUAAUCAAGUUUCUGCUGUGACCAAGUCAUAGUCAUAGAAAUGUACAACACGGAAAUAGACCCUUCGGUCCAACUCGUCCAUGCCGACCAGAUAUCCCAACCCAAUCUAGUCCCACUUGCCAGCACCUGGCCAGUAUCCCUCCAAACUCUUCCUAUUCAUAUACCCAUCCAGAUGUUGCAAUUGUACCAGCCUCUGCCACUUCCUCUGGCAGCUCAUUCCAUGCACCCUCUGCCUGAAAAAGUUGCCCCUUGGGUCUCUUAUAUCUUUUCCCUCUCACCUUAAAACUAGUUCUGGACUCCCCCACUCCAAAGAAAAUACUUUGUCUAUUUAUUCUAUCCAUGCCCCUCGUGAUUUUAUAAAACUUGAUAAGGUCACCCCUCAGCCUCUGACGCUCCAGGGAAAAUAGCUGUAGCCUAAUCAACCUCUCCCUAUAGCUCAGAUCCUCCAACCCUGGCAACAUCAUUGUAAUUUUCUUCUGAAACCCUUUUGAGUUUCACAACAUCUUUCCGAUAGGAAGGAGACCAGAAUUGUAUGUAGUAUUCCAACAGUGGCCUAACCAUGUCCUGUGCAGCUGCAACAUGACCUCCCGACUCCUGUACUCAAUACACUGAUCAAUAAAGGAAAGCAUACCAAACUCCACCUUCACUACCUGCGACUCCAUUUUCAAGGAGCUAUGAACAUGCAGUCCAAGGUCUCUUUGUUCAGCAGCGUUCCCAGGACAUUGCCAUUAAGUGUAGAAGUCCUGCUAAGAUUUGCUUUUCUAAAAUGCAGCACCUCACAUUUAUCUAAAUGAAACUGCAUCUGCCACUUCUCAGCUCAUUGAUCCAUCUGAUCAAGAUCCCGUUGUAAUCAGAAGUAACCACUACAUCUCCAAUUUUGGUGUAAUCUGCAAACUUACUAACUAUACCUCCUAUGCUCACAUCCAAAUCAUUUAUAUAAAUGACGAAAAAUAGUGGACCCAGCACUGAUCCUUGUGGCACUCCACUGGUCACAGGGCUCCAGUCUGAAAAACAACCCUCCACCACCACCCUCUGUCUUCUACCUUUGAGCCAGUUCUGUAUCCAAAUGGCUAGUUCUCCCUGUAUUCCAUGAGAUUUAACAUUGAUAACCAGUCUCCCAUGGGGAACCUUGCUGAAUGCCUUACUGAAGUCAAUAUAGAUCACAACGACAGCUCUGCCCUCAUCAAUCCUCUGUUACUUCAAAAAACUCAAUCAAGUCCCUUGAAAAUGCCAGCAGGUUCCCAUUUAUAGCUGGCAUCUCCCUAUAACCUCCUUGAGUCUUCUACCUUUACAUACAUUAUCAUGGUUGCAGCUGCAUGCAGCUAAAUGGUUCAUGUCUCCUCUGUGUCUAAGCAGUUCUAAAUUAAGCUUACAUUUAAAUAUAUUUAGUUUUAAUUCUUAAAGCCUUAACCAUGGAGCACCCUAAGUCAACCUCCUGGCUUUAUGUAAAUGUAUCAUCUAUCUCUUUCUACCUAAUUAAUUUCUUUACCACAUGGGUAGCCACGGUAAUAGUAGGAACUCAUUAUCAGUCCUUAUUUUACAUAAUAACUUCAGGAAACCUUUUCCUCUUUUUCCUAAUUUAUUAGAAAUACCUAGCAUCAGACAAAAAUUAAUUACCCAAUGUUGAGGGUUGCUGCUAGACAUUAACAUAUUAAUGAUGAAUAUUUUGGAAAAGGAGCAAAAUUUAAAAUAAUGCACACAUUUUGAAGUUGCCUGGUCAAGUAUCAGUUACAAGGAUAUAAAUUACACAAAUAGAGCAAUAAGUAGAGCAAUAUUGGAUAGGUAUAAUAAAAUAAUUUUUAACUUCUGAUAAAAUUGCGAACCGGCAUCAAUGGAACAUUUAGCUAUUUUUUGAGUAUGUUUUGUUUAACCAUUUAUGCUUAACAGCUGUUACAAUUUGUAUAUAUCUGUGCUCUUUGCCUUCAAUAAAGUUCUCUGUUCAUUGGGACGCCCAAUUUUCUUAGACUCUAGAAUUACAUUGGGUAAUUCCAUGUAAAUUUAAUUGUACAAAAUAAUUUACUUCAUUGAUUACUACAAAUUUGCUGAAGACCAGCAUUUGGUUACUACAACUACACCUGCUAUAUGGAUUGAAUCUGAUGAGUCUUUGCGUCAUAAAAAAAUGAAGUUAAAUGUAGAAAUCCCUAGCUUUGUUUUCCCAAACCUACCACAUUUCAAUGUUUUCUCAAGUAUUUUUUUCCAAUAUGACCUCAAUACUGGAUGUCAUUGCUCUCAGCAGAUCUGGUUGCAUUUAUUUUAAAUUUCAAUUGGAUGUUUAAAUGUUUCAUUGUUUUACUUAUCAGGCCUUUUUUUUCCCCAAAUACAGUAUCCCUGUUCUUUGUCAUUUGUUCCCCAUUUCUUUCCUAAAGUUAUUACACUAGAUUUGACCUCAUUCAAAGUAACUCAUUUGUGCAAUUAAUUGCGAUCUGUUCCUCAGUUAUCCAGCUUCUCAAAUGAGCUUCAAGUAGUGUGUAUUGACAGAUUCAUCCUCCAGUGUCACUGAUACAAAACAGAAAUUGCUAGAUAAAUUCAUCAGGUCUGUCAUCAUGUGUGUAGAGGUUUCAGAGUUAAUGUUUUGGGUCCGGUGAUCCUUCUUCAAAAGGGUUAACUCUGAUUUCUCUCCACGGAUGCUGCCUGACCUGCUAAAUGUUUUCAGUAAUUUCAAUUUUUGUUUCUGAUUUCCAGCAUGCAUGGUUCUUUCAGUUUUUGUAAAAUGUCAUUGAUGUUCAGAAGCAUCCAGCUGAGGUCAGUCAAUGUGAUCAGGAACUGAAACUAUUCCCAAUAUUUCUUUUGUUAGGAGCAUAAAGACCUUUGUCCUGUCUUUCUUGCCACAUUUGAGACAGAUUGAUAAACUCAUCCCAGUUCAGAGGCUAAAAUUGGGACCAUUGACUAAUCAUUUUGUAUCAACAUUGACAAUCUUACAGUUUGAAAAGCAGUAAGUUGUAAGUUUAAAUGAUUUUAUCUCAUUGUUUAAUGAUCUGUUAUAAAUUAAAAUAUGCUAAACUUUUAAUGUCCAACAAAUUCUGUGCACUAU